GGGAAAGCUGAUGGUGUGAGGCUCUGUGUCUGUGACGGAGGAGGAGGUGCAGCGGGAAACCCUGAGCCGGGCGUCAUGGCAGCCAAACCCAAGCUCUGGUACUUUCCUGGCCGAGGCAGGAUGGAGUCGAUCCGCUGGCUGCUGGCUGCAGCGGGCGUGGAGUUUGAAGAAGAAUUUCUUGAAACAAGAGAGCAAUAUGAGAAGUUGCAGAAGGAUGGGCGCCUGCUUUUUGGCCAAGUGCCUCUGGUUGAAAUUGAUGGGAUGAUGCUGACGCAGACCAGAGCCAUCCUCAGCUACCUGGCUGCCAAGUACAACUUGUAUGGAAAGGACCUGAAGGAGACAGUCAGGAUCAACAUGUACGCCGAUGGCACUCAGGACCUCAUGGGGAUGAUCAUGAUGGCUGCGUUCAAACCCCCCAAGGAAAAAGAGGAGAACAUCGCUUUAAUCGUGACAAAAGCUAAAACCCGUUACUUCCCGGUCUUUGAAAAGAUUUUAAAAGACCAUGGAGAGGAUUUCCUUGUUGGCAACAAAUUCAGCUGGGCAGAUGUACAACUCUUAGAAGCUAUUUUAAUGGUGGAAGAACUCAAUGCUUCUGUUCUCUCGGACUUCCCUCUGCUAAAGGCGUUUAAAGCAAGAAUCAGCAACAUCCCUACAAUUAAGAAGUUCCUGCAGCCUGGGAGUCAGAGGAAGCCACCUGCGGAUAGCCACUAUGUUGACGUGGUCAGGCACGUUCUGCAGUUCUAAUGGCAGCAGGCCUCGCUAUGGCGCACAGGCGCGAGCAGUCACAGCAUCGCACGUGCGGGAGCUCACUGUAGAUUCUAGGUGUAAAGUGUCUGAAAAGAGCAAAGCAGUACUGCCAUCAACAGCAAAUGCCAAUUAAAUGAAAC